ACAAUGUGAUGUGGUGUUCCCAUUGCAUCAGCCAUUGGAUUCUUGGGGUACACAGAAAGCAUAGCAUGAUUGAGCAAACACUUGAACUUCAAAAGAAGGUAGAGAUGGGGAAAGAAGACCAAGACAAGAUAAGCAAACCUUUAAUGUCAUACACAUAUAUAUAGAAAGGUUAUCUGUCAGACCCUUCUACCGUGCAGUGUUAUCUGCUGAUGCUUCAUUCUGAAGAACUCCAGACACAAGAACAAACCCAGUACUAUAUAAGAGGAAAUGAGGGGGAACUUGUGGCAACUUGGGCAAUCAAUCACCCGGCGUCUUGCCCAUGGUGAUAAGAAGGCUGUUGCUCGUCGAUAUUUUGCCACAGAAGCUGAGCUGAAAAAGACAGUUCUUUAUGACUUCCAUGUAGCCAAUGGAGGGAAGAUGGUGCCAUUUGCUGGAUGGAGCAUGCCAAUCCAAUACAAGGACUCAAUCAUGGACUCAACUCUGAAUUGUAGGCAGAAUGGUUCCCUUUUUGAUGUUUCUCAUAUGUGCGGGCUAAGCCUCAAGGGGAAGGAUUCAGUCCCAUUCCUUGAAAAGCUAGUCAUUGCUGAUGUUGCUGGGCUUUCCCCUGGAACUGGAUCAUUGACUGUCUUCACAAAUGAAAAGGGAGGGGCUAUUGAUGAUUCAGUAAUUACCAAGGUGAAGGAUGAUCACAUAUACUUGGUUGUGAAUGCUGGGUGUAGGGAUAAAGAUCUGGCUCAUAUUGAGGAGCAUAUGAAGGCAUUCAAGGCCAAAGGUGGUGAUGUGUCGUGGCAUAUCCAUGAUGAGAGAUCUCUUCUUGCUCUGCAGGGUCCUCUUGCUGCUCCGGUUCUUCAACACCUGACAAAAGAGGAUUUGAGCAAACUGUACUUUGGGGAGUUCCGUGUGUUGGACAUAAAUGGUGCACAGUGCUUUCUCACCCGGACAGGGUAUACUGGGGAAGAUGGAUUUGAGAUAUCAGUUCCUUCAGAGAAUGCAGUGGAUCUUGCCAAGGCAAUUCUGGAAAAAUCUGAAGGGAAGAUAAGAUUGACCGGAUUGGGUGCUCGAGAUAGUCUAAGACUAGAAGCUGGAUUGUGUUUAUAUGGCAAUGACAUGGAACAACAUAUAACACCUAUUGAGGCAGGACUGACAUGGGCCAUAGGGAAGAGAAGGAGAGCAGAAGGGGGUUUUCUAGGAGCUGAGGUUAUACUGAAACAGCUUGAAGAAGGUCCUAAGAUCAGGCGUGUUGGUUUCUUUUCUUCUGGUCCACCUGCUAGAAGCCACAGUGAGAUUCAAGAUGAAGGAGGUAACAACAUUGGGGAAGUCACCAGUGGUGGAUUCAGCCCUUGCCUUAAGAAGAACAUAGCCAUGGGAUAUGUGAAAUCAGGAUUGCACAAGGCAGGAACCAAGGUAAAGAUUAUUGUUCGAGGAAAAGCCAAUGAGGGAGUUGUAACAAAAAUGCCAUUUGUACCAACAAAAUACUACAAGCCGUCCUGAUUUACUUUUGAGGUUUCACCUUGAACGUUUCUCAAUACACUCCCUCGACCAGUUUUCUCAUAAUCUGGACGUUGUAGUGGAUUUUAAUGCUAUUGUCUACUCGCAUCAAGUACAAGUAGAAUGGCUUUCAUUAAUAACUCAAUUUCGUUUCAAACAUGUAUGAUAGUUGAGUUCAACCUGUGUUAUCUUGAUAUUUUCUGACGCUGUUCUCACCAACUUCUGCUCCGAAGUCAAGAUGACAUCUAUGAAAUUCAAAGUAGACAUGUAUUCACUGCAUGACUUUGAGAUAUAUGAACUCUCGCUGUUACAAUUUGUAUCACUUGAUUCUACAUGGUUUCAGACCUAUCAUUUAAAGUCACUAUGAUUAUAAUGUGUAUCACUUAACAAUAAAUGCCCAAAAUGCUGUAUUAUGUGAAGGGUUUAAUGUUUCUCGUGUUAUCGUAGGAGAU